UCAGCCUUCUUCUCCGGGUGUAAAAGUGCACUUAAAAACAGUUUUAUAAUUAUUUUAUAGCAGUCGUUCCUUUCUGUUUUGAAGAUAAACUGAAUUCCUUGAAGGAGCGCUGUGCCACGUUUCGCUCCAUACUCAGGCGGUUUUCGGCAGGAGAGACCCAGUCAUUUUUUUUUUUGCUCUUUUUGUUACAGAAUAGUGGUUGGACAUGGUGCUGGUCAGAGGAGCGGGUGUGCUGGUACCAGCCGCCCAACAACUACUAAAUGGUCCUGGGAGUAGGAGGCCCCCACUUGUGGUGCCAGUGCGGCGCUGUAACCUGGCCAGCUGCGCGCACAGCCUAAGGAACAGUCCGUCAGUUCAUCCACAGUGGCAGAGUCAGAUUACCGUCCCCGGUGGCAGCAGACAAUCUCCAAUCAAUAUUCGUCUGAGAGAUAGUGUCUAUGAUCCCCUGCUAAUGCCUUUGAAAAUAUCCUAUGAUCCAGAAACAUGUCUUCAGAUCUGGAAUAAUGGAUACUCAUUCCUUGUUGAAUUUGAUGAUUCAGCAGAUAGUUCAGUGAUCAGUGGUGGUCCACUAGAGAACCUCUACAGACUAAAACAAUUCCAUUUCCACUGGGGACAGCAAAAUGAAUGGGGUUCAGAGCACACCGUCGACAGCAAAUUGUACCCAGCAGAGCUCCAUAUUGUCCACUGGAAUACAGCAAAAUACAGAAGCUUUGAGGAGGCUAUAAUGGGAGAAAAUGGCUUAGCAGUGAUAGGUGUCUUCAUAAAGGUGGGUAAAGCACUCAGUGGCCUGCAGAAGCUGGUGGAUGCAUUACCAGGAGUGAAACACAAGGACACACUUGCAGAAUUUAGGAAUUUUGAUCCCUCCUGCAUGAUGCCUCAGUGCCCGGAUUACUGGACCUACUCUGGGUCCCUAACCACUCCACCUCUAACAGAAUCUGUUACUUGGAUCCUGAAGAAGAAGCCCAUUGAGAUUGGUGUGGAUCAGCUGGCAGUUUUCCGCAGCCUGCUCAUCACAUCAGUUGGUGAGAAAGAACAGAUGAUGGUAGACAAUUUUCGCCCAUUGCAGCCACUGAUGAAUCGAACUGUCAGAUCAUCAUUCCAAGCUUUUCAGAACAUCUCACACAGACAUCGACCUAUAGUGAACUUAGAAACAGAACCUCAAGAACACGCACACCAGCCUUAUUCCCGAUCAUAGUCAAUACAUGGCAUUAUGUACAGCUAAUUAUUUUCUUGUUUUGUGUUGUCUGUGAUGAUUGUUGUAACAGUUGUAAACCAGGAUUCCUCUGGGAAAGGGAUCAAAGCUAAAUAAUUCCACUUUAAAGACCAUCCAGCAAUAAUGGGUUGUGAUUAUAAUUGUACAAGAUGUCAGCGUACAGCUCUGAUAUGAAGUUAGUUAGGGAUCAGCAGAGGUGUCUGCUUUGUAUGUUGUGAUUCCACUUCGAGAUGUGUUGUGUUUUGUGGUCUCAGUGUAGCAUUUCUUGGAGAGAGACAUUUGUUCUGAACAGUUAAUUAAGUUGCUUGUAGAGUAUUUUUUGCAUAGAAUUUAUGGUUUCUGCUACUGCCCUCUACAGUUACUUAUGUCCUUUAUUCUUGCAUGCCCAUAAAUUUUCCCAAGUAUGAAAAAGUCAAUAACGUGUUACUUCUGAAUGGAAGAUAUGUUACAUGUUUAAACUAUUAGCAUUGCAGUAAGAUGUAAACAUAUUUCGUCCUUUGUAGGAUGUUGACCAUGUACAUUCUAAACUCAGUUUCGCUUUUCUGUGUGUGUGUGUGUGUGUGUGUGUGUGUGUGUGUGUGUGUGUGUGUGUGUGUGUGUGUGUGUGUGUGUGUGUGUCUGUGCACACAUGCGCACACAUCUAUGUACAUAUAAAUGUAUAUACACAUGCAUGUAUACAUGUAGGUGUCCAUUGAUGGUAUGAGGACCAUAAAUUCAUUUCUCAGAAUGGUGAGAAUUAAGUGCAAAUAGGGGACUGAAAAUACCCACACAAACACACACACAGAAGUAGAUAUAUCUUGUUAUACUUAGAAAUACCUAAACAGCAGCAUCAGCAACAUUGAUUUAAAAAACUGAACUGUGCAUGCUCUGUGACAUAACGUCAGAACAUGCAACUAAAAAAAAGGACUUUUGCAUGGGGCAACUUAUGAUUUUUUUCUGGUAUAUCAUAGUAUACCAAGUGUGUUUAAUUAGUAAAACAGAUUUUUGCACCACACUUUUAGUCAUAGUCCAAUAAAGAACUUCCAUAACAAGAUGUAGACAUAGGUUCAUAGGUUCAUAGGCUGGUACUAGGCUAUCAGCCCUAGGGCCUAUACAAGCCUAGCCAUAACAAUUCCCUGGCUAUUUCUUCCCACAUUAU